AUGAAUUCACCGAGCGAUAUCUUUCAGUCUCGACUGUAUAGACUCAAUCGCGUGCUGCUUUCAUUACUAGGACAGUGGCCUUUUCAACAGGAUAUAUACAGGCGAGUUGCCUUUGUUACAGUGUCGUUUCUUGGUAUAACUCAAGCCAUCACGCAGGUACUGGCUUUAAUGACAUUACGUGGCGAUCUUGAUGCAACACUUGAAUGUAUACCGCCACUCAUAGUAGAUUGCGCUUGCAUUGUUAAACUGGUAAAUUUAUUGUGCAAUAUUGAAAAGAUCAAAAUACUUCUUACACAUAUACAAAGAGACUGGCAAUUGUGGACUAUCAAAAGUGAAUUCAAAAUUCUACAUAAGUUUGCAGAAACUGGAAGAAGCAUUACAAUCGGCUAUGCUAGUGGCAUGUAUGCGUUUGGCAGCCUUUUUCCGAUAAUGGCGAUAAUUCCGAAGAUCAUCGACAAAAACGUAGCUUCCAACUAUUCGACACGGCCAGUAGGAUUUCCAUAUCAUGUCGAAUAUUUCGUAGAUCUCGACAAGUACUACUAUCCCGUGCUGAUUCAUAAUUAUUUGGCCACCGCCAUUCGACUCACUGCUAUAGUCGCAUCCGAUACCUGCGUGGCUAUUCUAGUACAACAUUGCUGCGCAUUAUUUUCAAUCGUUAGAUACCGAUUGGAACAUAUACGAAAAUCUGUCGAACAAGACAAAAAACUCGCUAUGCUCGAGGAAGAUGAUAAAAUUUACAAAAAUUUUGUUUACUGUAUUCGAAAACACGAAGAUGGCUUACAGUUUGCGGGCCUUUUGGAAACUGUUUAUUCAAAGGCGUUCUUUAUAGAAGUCGGCUUAAUUAUAGGAGUCAUGAGUCUCUCAGCUGUACAGGCGACUAAUGAUACCCUCACGCCACAGAUCGCAAUCCGACAUGGGGGAUAUAUAAUCGCUCAAUUAUUACAUUUAUUUACUGUAUGUUGGCUAGGGCAACAGAUAAUCGAUCAUAGCGAUCGUGUAUACACAUCAAUUUAUCGAGGCGAAUGGUAUGAAACAUCAUCCAAAUCUAGAAAACUCUUAAACAUGAUAAUGUUGAGGAGCAUCUCACCUUGCACAUUGACCGCUGGAAAAAUUAUGAUUCUUUCUCUUCCCAGUUUCAGCGCGGUUGUACGUGCAUCUGCUUCAUAUUUUACAGUCUUACAAUCCAUACGGUAA